AUGCUCUGUUCCUGGACCGUGGGUGGACCAAGCGCCGCGUGUGGAUCGCUCGUCUCGCUUGCAGGAGUAAACGCCGCAAGACCAGAGUCGUAUUGUGGCCACGGCUCUACCGGUGAUGAUAGACCGGCCCAGAACCGCCUAGCCAGGCUUGUCAAGACCCAUCAUGACGCGAUUCAGCAGAUAAAGGACGGUGUCGAGGAUGCAUCACGACAGAUGUCUGGUCGAUAUCGCCGUGUCGAGGUUACGACCGAGACGGCCGAUGCAACAGGGUGGACCAAAGGGCUCACAUAG